UCACAUGUGUGUGUUUAUAAUAUCCAAUUAAUGAUUUGCCGUACAAUUAUUUAUUAAGAUAUUUAAUUUUAUGUAUUUAUUUUCGAUAUAUAAAGAGUGAGUUCUUAUAAAAAUAGAUAUAAUUUUAACACAUUAUUUUGAACAAACAAUUUACAUUUUUGGAGAACUUUCGAUUUUAUAAAAUUAUUGAAUAUGACUAGUUUUAUACCCUGUGUAAAAUGGGUAAAACAGGGGGCAUCGUCAAAUCAAAAUAUCGUUAAAUUAACACAAAAAGAGCUUCAAGAGUUAACAAAUAAAAAAGAAGUAUCUAAUAAAAAAAAAAGUGAUGAUUACGGCCUUGAAAAUUAUGACAAAGAAGAUAUGGAUAUAUCUAGUGCAAUGGCAAUUAGUAAUUUAGCCACAUACCAUGACAAUUUUGAUGAUUCUGAUGACAGUGAUAAAUUUGAUGAAGUACUUAAAUCUGAUGAUAAUCUUAUCCUAGUUGGAAAUGUAAAAAAAAAUGAAUGCUCUUUAGAAGUGUAUGUUUAUAAUAACAAUGAUAAUGACUUUUAUAUUCAUCAUGAUAUUUCACUAAAACACCCUCCAUUGUGUUUAGAAUGGUGUGGGAUUAUGGGUAAUUUUUGUGCUCUAGGAUCUAUGUCAGCGGUAAUUGAUAUAUGGGAUAUUGAUUUAAUUGGAUGCCUGGAACCAACUCUUAGACUUGGUAGAAAAAAAAAAAAAAAUUCUGAAAAAAACUAUGGCCACUCUGAUGCUGUCCUAGAUUUAUCAUGGAAUGAACAUUUACCUCAUAUAUUUGCUAGUGGUUCAGUUGAUGAAACUGUUUUAUUAUGGGAUUUAGAAAUUGGUGAACCUAAUACACAAAUGGAAGGAUUUGGUGAUCAUGUACAGUCUUUAAAAUGGCAUCCAUUAGAGUCCCAAACUUUAGCAGUUGGAUCUUCUGAUUUUUACAUUUAUGACUGCCGUACAUAUGACACAUAUAAAGUUUGGUCUGUGAAGGGUAAAGUAGAAAAAAUGGCUUGGGAUCCUUCAAAUGGAUUUCUAUGUUAUGUGGGUUCAGAUAGGGGCCGAUUAAUUUGUUUUGAUUGUCGUAUGGAUAAACCAUUAUGGAAAUACAGGUGUCAUGAAAAAGAAAUUACAGGCAUAUAUGUUUGGAAUAAAAAUAUUGUUACCUCAUCAUCUGAUGAAACAUUAAAAGUAUGGGACAAAGAAAAAAAACAUUUAAUUAAAAUAAAAGAAUUUUCUGGAGCUUUACAUAGUUUAGAUGGUUGUGUAGAAUGUCCAAACUUACUAGCUGUUGGUGGUAGUGGUACAUCUAAAUUUCAAUUAUUCGAUAUUAAUAAUUAUAGUUUAAAAACUUGUUGAUUGUUUAAAUAAAAUUAAUUUCUUUGUAAUAAAUGAUUAUGAAAUUAACUUAUUAUAAA